GGGAUAUGCUUAUAAGCGUUAGCAUUCUUACUGAAUUACUGCGGCACCAGGGGAAGUACGAAGAGGCGGAGGCAGUGAGCCGACAGGCGCUUGCUAAUUGUGAGAAAGCGCUGGGCAAGCACCAUCCAGACACACUUACGAGCGUCAGCAAUCUUGCUAAAUUGCUGCUGAACCAGGGUAAGUACGAAGAGGCGGAGGCGCUGAACCGACGGGCGCUUCACCUUCGCGAGAAGGCGCUGGGAGAGGAUCAUCCAGACACACUCACGAGCGUCAGCAAUCUUGCUGCAGUGCUGCAGCAACGGGGAAAGUACGAAGAGGCGGAGGCGAUGAACCGGCGGGCGCUUGAUGGUUAUACGAAGGUGCUGGGCAAAAACGAUCCUUCAACACUCACGGGCGUCAGCAAUCUUGCUGGAGUCCUGCAGCACCAGGGCAAGUACGAAGAGGCUGAGGCGAUGAACCGACGGGCGCUUCACCUUCGCGAGAAGGCGCUGGGAAAGGAUCAUCCAGACACACUCACGAGCGUCAGCAAUCUUGCUGGAGUCCUGCAGCACCAGGGCAAGUACGAAGAGGCUGAGGCGAUGAACCGACGGGCGCUUCACCUUCGCGAGAAGGCGCUGGGAAAGGGUCAUCCAGACACACUCACGAGCGUCAGCAAUCUUGCCGGAGUGCUGCAGGAACAGGAAAAGUACGAAGAGGCGGAGGCGCUGAACCGGCGGGCGCUUCAACUUCGCGAGAAGGCGCUGGGAAAGGAUCAUCCAGACACACUCACGAGCGUUAGCAAUCUUGCCGGAGUGCUGCAGCAACGGGGAGAGUACGAAGAGGCGGAGACAAUGAGCCGGCGGGCGCUUGAUGGUUAUGAGAUGGCGCUAGGCAAGCACCACCAUUCCACAAUCAACAGCGUCAGUAAUCUCGCUGGACUACUGCGGGACCAGGGCAAGUACGAAGAGGCCGAGGCGAUGUAUCGACGGGCGCUUGAUGAUUGUGAGAAAGCUCUGGGCAAGCACCAUCCCGACACACUCACGAGCACCUACUGCCUCGCUUACCUCUACCAUAUGCAGAAUCGACUCGACGAGGCUGGCGAGCUUUUUGUCAAGGCCUUGAGUAGACUCAGGGAAGUGUUAGGGCCAACUCAUACUACUACGUUAGCUUGCGAGGGUCAUUAUGCUUCUUUGAGUGGAAAGAUGGCUGCAACGAGGUGAUGCAGUUAAUAUAGGCAGUACAUUUUGCUAGUUUGUUUAUUGAACCAUCUGAUUUCUGGACCUU